ACUGUUCAGUACCAUCUAACAAACGUACCCACUUAUUUGCGCGAUUUUUUAUCGCUUCUUUUUCGUUUUCUUCCGUCCAUCUUCAUCUGAAAUUAUACCCAUCAAGCGUCCAUCCCGCAUGAUCUAUUUUCAUCUCUACGGAUUCUUCGGAACGAGAUUUUCCGUCUAAAAAUAGAUGGAUAUUCUUCAAUAAUUCGUUCCACGACAAAAGUGCUUACAUUACAUAGAUGCCGAACGCUCACUAACUACACUCCACGCUCUCACGUCUUACCGUGCAGACCUAGACCUGGUAGAGUUUCCUUUUCUGAAUGAUGUCUUCGUAAAUAUUUAGGAUUUUUUUUUUUAAUCCCAUUCAGGGGGGGUGAUUAAUCAGUUCAACUAUUCGACAGAAUUUAUAUAAUUUUUUCGUUCGACAAUUGAAGAUUUAGUGACCAGUCAUGACAUAUGGAUUUUUUCAAAAAUUUAAAGUGCCGGAAGGUAGUGCCUUUUUUCAGUAUAUUGCAACAUUGACAGGAUGUCUUGGUGUAAUAUCAGGAGCGAUGCACUUUGGCUGGCCGUCACCCUCUCUACCCUUACUCCUGAGCAAAAACUCCACAAUUUCCGUAACAACUCAAGACGGAUCGUGGCUAGCCUCAAUGCCUUGUAUCGGAGCAGCUUCCGGAUCCCUAUUGACAGCUUACAUGGUCGACAAAAUCGGCCGUAAGACGUGCAUGCUGAUGACAGCUCCUGCCUACCUUCUAGCAUGGCUCAUGGUGGCUUUCGCUGGAACAAUUUGGGAGCUCUACGCUGCCAGAUUUAUUUCGGGAUGGGCUGACGGGCUAGUUUUCACAGCGUUUCCGAUGUAUUUAGGGGAAAUUGCCUCGUAUGACAUCAGAGGACUGUUAGGGUCCAGCAUACAAUUAUCCAUGAUUACUGGAAUGUUGAUAAUCAACAUUAUUGGAUCUUAUAUGAGUAUCAUGGAUACUGCUCUGAUAUCGGCAGCGUUACCGCCGAUAUUCUUUGCGACUUUUUGGUUUAUGCCCGAUAGUCCCUAUUAUUUGGUUAUGAAAGGGAAAAUUGAUGAGGCUACAAAAAGUCUGCAGUUUCUACGUCAAACCAAAGAUGUUUCUAAUGAACUAGGCCGUGUUUUUGAUGCUGUGAAAGAUGAGAGAGAACAAACAGGGAAAAUUUCGGAUCUUUUUACUAUUUCCAGCAACAGGAAAGCUACAAUAAUUGUUUUUGGAUUAAGAGCGAUUCAACAGUUCAGCGGCACCACAAUUAUCACUUUUUACGCCCAAAGUAUUUUCCAUGAAGCCAGUGGAGACAUGUCACCAACUACAGCCACCUUGAUUUAUUUCACUUUGCAACUAGUAUGUGCUUUGGCAUCCAGCUUUUUGGUGGAUAAAGUUGGACGUAAACCUUUACUUAUUAUUUCUAUUAUUGGGUCUGGUGUAGCACUCUCAUUAGAAGGUACUUACUUUUUCCUAAGCAACAAUACUACCCUUGAUGUAUCUAGUCUUAAAGUGGUACCUUUAGUGGCCUUGUUGGGCUACGUGGUGAUUUUCAAUCUAGGCAUGGGAGUAAUCCCAGUCCUUUUCCUAGGAGAAAUGUUCCCAACGGGCGUAAAAGCUUUCGCCCUUUGCCUGGCUGAUAUCUGGUUUGGCAUCAUAGUCACUCUAGUUUCAAAAUUCUUCCAAAUAAUGCAAGACGACUUCGGAAUUUCUGUGCCAUUUUUCGCAUUCGCCGGUUGCUGUGGUUUGGGAUUGAUAUUUAUUGUGGCAUUGGUGCCGGAAACCAAAGGCAAAACCCUGGAAGAUAUUCAGAUGGAACUCAAAGGCGUUAAAAAGGAUAAUGCUGAGAAUAAUACUACUGCGGCAUGAAUGUGUUGUGAUUUUUUAAAUAUUAUUGUGAGUUUGCAUGAGUUUUUUGGCUUUUUUGUUUUAAUUUUUUCAUAUUAUUGUUUGUAAUCAAUCACGUGAAAAAAUCUAGAUUUAGAAAUAUUUAUUAUAUUAUAGGUUCGAUCUGUUAAUAGUCUCUGUAUUCUUUUUUACCUGAGAAGAAAUAUAUUAUUUCUAA